AUGGCUGAGAAGGAUUUUAAUCAUUUGACGAAGAGUAAAAUUGUCUGCUUGGUAUGGUGCGUGACCCUGGACGUCUUCAACCUUCCCAAAAGCCUCAGCAAAAGGGACCUUGGGCCCCAAUUUAACGCAGAGGAAAGCCUAGGCGUAAGCAAAGCAGAGUUGCCGAGGAAAAUUCGGCAGGACAAAAAUAGGCCCGAAUUGUCAAAUUACUACAAUAAAAUUUACCAAUACGGGACUAGGGGCUCAGCGCUAUCGAGGCUAUACACAGACAAAGCAGACUCUGAAUCUGCGAUCGCCACACGAUCUAGUGUGACGCCAUCUAUGUGGUCUCCUCUCGUGGCUAGGCUCGCCGAAGCAUACAACACGAGUAUCUGCCUCGUAGGAAUGAUCAUCGGAGCUACCGCAUCUGUUACAGCACAUAUCGUAGCAUGA